AUGGCGGACCAUGCAUCCAGUGACGACGCAUCUCGUGAUGAGAAGCAUGAGCUUCCAUCGCCUAUGGGAAACGACUCAACUGAUACUGCUCCGGAGCCCAUGGGAUGGCGAUACUGGGUGCUUUUCCUGACUCUCUGCCUCAGCGGCUUCGCUGUGACCAUGGAAGGCAGUAUCGUGGUCACGGCAUUGCCCAGCAUUUCCCGCUCGCUCGAUACGACGCAAUACGUCUGGGUCACAAACAGCUACACAUUGGCGUCGACCAUCUUCCAACCGCUCGUGGGCUGGCUGGCCGAGGUAUUUGGCCGCAAACCCAUCAUGCUGGGCAGCCUCGUUUUCCUCGCUGUCGGGAGCGCCGUCGCCGGGGCCGCGCACUCACUGGCGACAAUUCUGGUCGGACGAUUGAUACAAGGAAUCGGAGGCGGUGCUAUUCCCCUGGUGGCCGAGCUGGUCAUCAGCGAUAUCGUGCCGUUGCCACAGCGGCCGAAGAUGCUGGGCAUGGUGAUGGCCACGUCGUGUCUGGGCCUAUUGCUCGGCCCCGUCUUUGGCGGAGUGAUCGUCGACCAUAGUACCUGGCGCUGGAUCUUCUGGAUGAAUCUGCCCAUUGUCGGAGCCUCCAUUGUCUUCUUGUUUCCCAUGCUUGCACGACGGACGGCAGAGCAGCGAGAUGCAGCGACCUCUUUGCGAGCCACAGCGCGCCGAUUCGACUGGCUGGGUAAUUUCCUGCUCCCCGCUGCCAGUAUCGCCAUCCUGCUGCCCCUGACGAUGGGGGGAAAGAUGUACCCCUGGGACUCGGCUCGAAUCGUCGCACCACUGGUGAUUGGAUUCUGCGGGUUUGUGGGAUUCGCGGUGUAUGAACAUUACUUCUGUGCACACCCACUCAUUCCCCUCCGACUGCUGCGCAAGCUCUCGGCGGUCUCCCUGCAGGCGCAGAAUUUUAUCCAGAGCAUGCUCAUUAUGUGGAUCAACUAUUUCCUCACCGUUUACUUCCAGGCUGUCCUGGAACUCUCUCCGCAGCGAGCAGGAUUCGAUCUCAUGCCCACGAUUGUCGGCAUGGUAGUCUUCUCCAUCGUCGGCGGUAUAGUGGUGUCCAUGCUCCCCGGUCCGCUGGCGAUCCUCAUCAACGUGCUCGCCUUUUCCCUCAUGGCUGUUGGCCUCGGUGUAUUCACCACGCUCUCGGCCUCCUCGUCGACCGCCGUCCACGCCGUGCUCCAGAUUGUCGUUGCCGCAGGGAACGGACUACUGCUCGCCACGCUGUUGCCUGCCAUACAGGCGCAGUUUGACCCGGCGGAUCUGACAGCGGUGACUGCGCUCUUUAAUUUCAUUCGCAGCUUUGCGCUCGUCUGGGGAAUGACCAUCCCUUCUAUUAUUUUCGACCAGACUGUUGACAACCAUCUGGAUGACGUGCCGGUGUCAGAGCGCGGGAUGCUGCAGGGCGGAGGAGCGUAUGUCAGGGCUAGCAAGUCCUUUGUGCAAUCUUUCCAAGGUGUGACCAAGAACCAAGUAAUCGCUCUGUAUGAAACUGGGCUCCGCGCGACGUGGUGGGGAGCAAUGGCGUUUGCACUUCUAGGACUAGUGCUGGUGGCUCUGCAGCGGCCUCCCAAGAGCAGUCAGGGCACACUGAAGGCGAGUCCAGAAAGGGACACAGAGAAGGCUGUCGAUACAGAAUCGUGA